UGCUGACUGAGCACGCAAGCAAGGUCCUUCGUGGUCGGUUCCGCUGUUCGUUCCGUCCCUACUAUUACUCCUACCGAUUCCUAGCCGUCGUCGUGUGGAUUCUAUGCGCCCGAUCCGCCAAGGGACGAUCUAUUUGCGACUCCCAGAGUAAAGCCUGGUGAGAUUGGCCAGCGGCACAGUCGACUGGCGGGCUCGCAACGCGACAACGUCCGUCUUGCUCGAAGGAUAAAGUGGCAAGGCACGCGCGCGUCGACUCUGCAGCUGCUUCGUCGUUUCGCCGUCGUUUCGGACUACGACGCGGAGCAGCACACGGUCGAACGGAUUGACAACGGUCGCUUCGCUCAUGCCUCGGUUGAAAUUGGCUGUCGAUAUGAACGUGGACGCGAGGGAUCAAGGUUCUCCAGCUCCGUCGGCCGAGCGCACGGAAGCCAGCCAGGAGAUUAGCGCUGCCGGAGACCAGCCCGAGAAGCCGAAGACCGAGGCCAACGGCGAUGGAGCUGCGAAUGGGACCCCAGCGAACGGCCAGAAACCCAACCCGAAAGACCCGUCAAGACCCCGGAGGAAGAAGGCGCGACGGGCUUGCUUUGCUUGCCAGAGGGCGCAUUUGACUUGCGGUGAUGAGCGACCAUGUCAGCGGUGCAUUAAGCGCGGUCUUCAAGAUGCGUGUCACGACGGGGUCCGGAAAAAGGCCAAGUACCUCCACGAUGCGCCGGACGGGGCAUUGAUGCCUGGGAUUGGUGGAGGCUUCUACAAUAAUGCCAUGCGAAACGGCAUGCCGCUGCCCCGAAACGGCGCCAAUGCUCCGCAGGGCGGCGCAACGUUCUAUUCCACGCCCCAGUCGACGACCUUUGUCUACCAAGAGACUCCCAUCAACCCGGUCUCGUUCCCUUCUCAAUCGCCGGUUUCCCCAACAUUCAACCUCAAGCCCACCCCGACCGCGCGAGCGAAUAGCCUGUCAUCCUCGGUCAACCCGCAACCGCCUACCACGGGCGUCUCCGGGCCACCGGGCCAAGGCCAGAAUCCGUUCGCCGGUCCGUUCUUUGACCCCAGCGACCCCGCGCUCUUCAACUUCGACCUUUCCAGUAUGAACUUCGAGAACCGAUACGGUGCGUUGGAGUUUGGCAUGCUGGGACACAUGGCGACUGGUGCAGGGGACUCCCCGAGCGAUUCUGCCACCCAGCGAGGGUCCAUGGGGCGCAGUGGCUCGGCGCAAUUCGCCUCGACUCCGAUCACCGGUGCCCCUGGCUUUGGCGAAAGCCCGGGUAACCAGCAGCCAUUUAUGUUUGGGGACCCGCUCCUGAACGAAUGGCCCAGCGGGCAGGCUCCGGGACAGCCGCAUCUGCCGGGGGUCUAUCCUCCAUCUGGGCAAGGCAGCGCGAUACCCGGGCAUCUGACCAAGGCCGAUGCACCGCAUGCCUUUGCCAUUGAAAGCGGGCCCGGCAGUUUCAAUAGCCCCGGAGCGACCACCAGCCCGCAGCUGCCUACCCCACUCGAGGACUCCCCAUUUCACAGUGUGGUCGUCAGCAAGUCGAAUGGGUUGGCUCCUCACGCACAACGGCCGAUGAUCACGACGCCGAGCUUGAAGCAUCAGCACUUGCAGGUCGGCGCGCGGCGGCGCCAACGCAACCCGUCGGCCAUCUACGAAAGCGUCAAGGAGCCGUACGCCUACACGAGUCGGUUCCACAACCUCACAGCCUUCAUCCAGCGGCGCUUCCCGCCCCAGAAGACGCUACAGAUUGCCAAGGCGCUGGCGUCGAUCCGGCCGUCCUUCAUUGCGACGACCAAGACGCUCAACCGAGACGACCUGAUUUUCAUGGAGAAGUGCUUCCAGCGGACGUUGUGGGAGUACGAGGACUUCAUUAACGCGUGCGGCACACCAACCAUUGUAUGCCGACGGACGGGCGAGAUCGCCGCCGUGGGCAAGGAGUUCAGUAUCCUGACGGGGUGGAAGAAAGAUGUCCUCCUUGGCAAAGAGCCGAAUCUUAACGUCAACACGGGGGGCUCUGCAAUGCCGACCUCCGGGGCCUCGUCUCGCAGCUUCACGCCACGGUCGACGGUGGAUAAUCCGACGCCCGGGCGGCCACAGCCAGUGUUCCUGGCGGAGCUGCUGGAUGAUGACAGUGUGGUGCAGUUCUACGAGGAUUUUGCGCGGCUGGCAUUCGGGGACUCGCGCGGCAGCGUGAUGACGACGUGCAAGCUGCUGAAGUACAAGACAAAGGAGGACAUGGAGGGGGCGGCGGCGGAGGACGGGCACCGGUGGAAUAGCCACCUGCGCAAGGGGGGCAUUGCCAGCGAGGCGGGGAUGAACCAGCUGGGGUUCAAGGAUGGGAAGGUCGAAUGUGCAUACUGCUGGACAGUCAAGCGAGACGUGUUCGACAUUCCAAUGUUGAUUGUGAUGAAUUUCUUACCGUGCAUUUGAUCCUGUCAUGACCCACAGGAUUUGUUUUGAUUUCAGCCUUCAGUUCAUACCCGGGCCGGAUUCCAAAGGGCCCUCUUUGCGGAGCCGGAUGUUUGUAUUGGUACAUACGUGUUGUAUGAUUCCCAUGGAGCUUUGAUUGCCAUAGAGCCUGGACGUCUGGCGUUCAGGGCUGUAAAUAGUGAAUGUAUGUUCUGCUACGUGUUGAUGAGCAUGGAUUAGGGGAUUGCAGCAGCCUUUAAUACGAAUCUAUCAGAGAUUUUGAAGAUACCACUGUUCAUGAUGUAUACGUACAUGGACUGAUAUCCAUUUACUCUAAAUAUCUCCGGCAGGAUC